GGGCGCCCAAACGCGGGCUUCCACCCACAGACACGAGGAAACAUGGAUCGAUACAUGGGAUCCACGAUGUUUUGCAAGGAGUGCGUGGCGGAGAGCGAUAUUUAUGUCGAUCCUCGCGCCGGAGAGAUCAUCUGCCGGACGUGCGCCGUUGUUAUCGGCGAGCGAUGCAUCGAUGACGGGGCGGAGUGGCAGACGUACGCUGAAGACAGCAACAAUGGCAGGGCCGAUCCCAACCGUUGCGGUGCCGCUGCAAGCCCUCUCCUGUCGGCGAAGUCGGGCAUGAACACCCUUAUCGAGGGCGGGCAAGACUCGAAGCUCACGGCGAAGCUGCAGAAGCUGCAGGGCAUGGCCGUGAAGGAGUCGGCGUCGGAAAGGGCUCUCAAGAUGGACUUCUUCGGCAAAGUGCGCGAGUUCGGGAACAGACUGGGCCUCACUCACGCCAUGCAGGAGCACGCGUGCCUGUUGCUGCGGAAGGCGGAGGACAGCGGUUUGUUCAAGGUCAAAAAGGCCGAGCGAGGGGUAGCCAUCUGCGUGGCGGUGACACUUCUCACGUGUCGGCAGUGGCGACGGGGUCAGACCAUGAAGGAGAUGUCCACCAUGUUCAACGUGUCGCUCAAAGCCCUCAACAAAGCGGUCAAGAAACUAAGCAACCUGGAGAUUGAAAGGGCGCCAUCGCUCCGGGGGGAGCACCACAUCCCGCUGCUCUGCGACAAGCUGGGUCUUCCGCCGUUCGUGUCGGUGGCGGCCAGGCACGCGGCGCAGCAGGCGAGCAGGUGGGACCUGGUGGACGGCAUGAAGCCCUCCGCGGUGGCGGCGGCGGCGGUGCUCCUGGUGUGCUCGUGCUGGAAUCCCGCCGCUUGCGGUGACGGCGUCGUCGAUCGGAGAUCAAAGAAAGCAAGAAAAACGCAGCAGCAGCAGCAGGCGGCGGUGGAGGGGGAGACGUGGGAUGUUAGGCCGGCGGCGGUGUCGGAGGCUGGGGGGACGACGGUGAUGGCGAUGAAGCGACCGUUCCGGGCGAUGUACGAGCAGCGGGGGCGCCUGUUCACGGUGGAGUUCCUGGAGAGGCGCGCGGCCAAGGAGGUGACGCUGGAGACGCUCAAGCCUAUCCUGAUGUGAUAAUCGACGGUGAGGAGGCGUCGCACCUGUUGGGGGAGAGAAGGAGGUCUCGGCGACAUUGUCCCUUUUCGUCUUGGCGGCGAGACUGGUAGCACGAAGUGGGGGCGACGGUGAAAAGAGCUUGCUUUAUUUACUUGCGUCGAGGGAUAGUGCUUCUUUUAGGCGUCAAAAGGCGGGUAAAAUCGUCUACUUUUGUGUCCAUUUCCCCCUUCUUACUCCCCCUUGAGUUUUAGAAAAACUGAGGUCGCCGGUCCACGACUCUCGGGGACGAUCUGGCAGGUGGAAGUGAGUUGAAGCGGUUCGGUGGCCCCCAGUCCCCCUUUCUCCUAUCUUUGUAGGCGAUACAUCAGAUGGUUCGUCGGAGUGGGGCAGGGGAGGGGUAGCGAUUCUCGGAUUUUGUGAUUGCUCGUGAGACCUUCAGGCCGGAAGGCAGGCAGAGCAAUCACUCAGCGCCGCGCCCCUUCACACCCCUUCCACAACGAAAAAGUUGGACCGUUUUUGUUUGUUGGUUGCCCUAGAGGUAGCAUUGUUUCGGUGGACUUGAGGUGUUGGGCGUUGGAUGGGGUAAUGAGGGGAUGAGAACCGCUUUUUAGGUCCCUGGGUUGAGCGGGGGUGGGUGGGGAGGGCUUGAAACAUGUUAGCGUUGGCUGCUGAUGCUGCUGCUGCUGUCAUUGGAGUUCGAUCCGGGGUCGAAAAGAGAGAGGCUUGUGUACUAUGAUAGGAGGAGUUUGGGAGGGGCAGUCGCAUAUAGCUCGUCCGCUGUGUCAAAAAAGCAGCGGCGGCGGCGUCCCCCCUUUCUCCUGGCCCCACCCUCGCUCUUCGUUCCGUUGGUCUUGGAGGUGACUCCGUAGAGUCCUUCCGAGGUAUAUCCAGCCCCCCCCUACCCCUUUCCCUGCCUCCUCCUUUGUCCUCAUGGCUGGUCCUUGGCGUGAAAAUAGAGUGUUGCAUAGAGUCUGAAAGAGGUGCGACACACGAGACGAGGCGGAGAAAUGUUUCCCAGAUACAUGCUCGUGAUAGUUGUCUGUGGUGUGUGGGUUAUUGCAUGUGUGUGUUAAAGCGUCUCUACUGCCAUGCGCGCUUUUUUGUCUGGUGCGGUGAGUGUGUACAAAACGAAAGAGUUAAAAAAUGGUUGUUGUUCCGCCUAGAAGGUAACUCGAUUUACCCUUUGCCCUAUGCGGUUCACACAAUGUGCGCAUUUUAAUGAAAAAUGAGCAUAUCAGAAUGAUUUCCCUCCCUUCAGAAAGAAGUGUCGCAGUUUUACAGUAACCCCAGCCGCGUUUGGCUCUCCCUUCGGGUAAGACUUCCCAAGCCACACGCUGUUCGCGGCGAUAAAUCGUAUGAACCGGGUGGCUGUCCAGAAAACGAAAGUUCCGGGGAGGGGGUGGGUUUUGAUGAGAGGACACAGUGCGAGGCGGGAAAUGCGGGGAUGCGUUGAACUCGCGAUAUCCUCUGCCAAAUUUGGAAUACGCCCCUUGGGGUAGUGAUUUUCUUGACACGUAUAUUAAUGUUUCGCGGAGGCAGCCGACUGGCGUGGUCCGCACCAGUAGUCGCAUUUUUUUUUUUAUAUCUGACGAGGUGAUUUUGACGGAGAGUACGUUGUGUUUGCGUAUGUCAUUUCCCGCCACGUGGGUGCUUCACGUUGUUGUAAUUUCGUCUUGCGCUGUCCGGAUGCGCUACUUCGAUUGAUUGUGAUCUGGGUUGGGGGGAGGGAAGGGGGGGGGUACUUGGCCGGGAGGCAUCGCGUGCCAUGAGCAGGGAAGGCCAAUGCAGCGAGCAAAGUUGCGGUCGAAAGCGGUUUGGAGUUAUCACGUCACAUUUUACACGAGCAACGAUGUAGUAUGCACCCGCAGUAGGGCGCGAAGGCACAUAAACGAAUACGACCAGAUGGCAAAACGUUACGAUUCGGUCGGGUGGAGGGUGUUGUCCUUCCCCCCCAUCAUCCCCGCUGUGCUUGCUUUAGCGAUGCUGUUGUCUAGGGGACGGGAAUACCUUAGGGUGGGGUGCUGCAUUGUUUACGGUGCGGUUCGACAGACAGAAUGUUCACGUAUGGUUGUAUGACGUCGUACAUAACUCCCCGAGCGUGGGACGAGAAAGCAGAAGCAAGUGCGUGCGGGUAGCUGUUGUUGUUCUCCAGGAGGCGGAGGCGGGAGAAUCAACGUAGCGGUGGCAGCACGUGUGCAAGCGCAAGUGCGGUUGUACGUACGUUAGAAAGAGAUAGGGAAAGUAUGCAUGCAACCAAGCCAAGAAAGAACAAACUUGCUGCGUGAAAUGACGUUGGUUGGGUCGGGUGGAAGAAGGUCCUCCAGGAGGGCUUUCUGUUGUGUUCAUCGCCGUCGGAAAUUGCUAGGGACGUGUGUGGCGGGAGGCUCUGCACUUCAAAUAGGAGAGGGUUGUACACUAUGAUAGGAGGAAAUGCGGGGACUGUUGCAUAUAGCUCGUCCGUUGCUCGAAAAAAGCAGCGGCGGCGGCGUCCCCCCUCUUCCUCACCCCACCCCCCUCU